AUGAAAGUCUACCAAGAUGUGAAUGAGGAAGGAAUUCUAUGCGACCUUCAAACUGGAGAGAAUAUCAAACAUCAUUCAGGCUCUGUAAAAUGUUCUUGUACUGCGGUAUUGGUGGAUCUGAGUAAAAAGUGGGAAGUAGGUGUGAUAGAUGAGAUUCAGAUGAUUGGAGAUGAUUUCAGAGGUGGCGCCUGGACCCGGGCAUUUUUGGGGCUAAAUGCUGAAGAAAUCCACUUGUGUGGAGAGAGCAGCGUGGUGGAACUCAUUCAACGACUUUGUGAAAGAACAGGGGACAAAUUGAAAAUGGUGGAACACCAUAGGAGAAGCCAAUUGGUUGUGGAAGAUGAAACCCUAGUUCUUGGGGAAAGUGAAAUUGAAUCCGGAGACUGCUUUGUUGGAUUUUCAGUGCGUAAACUGAAAGAAAUAAAAAGAACAAUUUUGCAGCAGGAGCCUAAAACGAAAUGUACUCUGUUAUACCCCAGCCUCCCGCCAGAACUUAUCAUUGAAGCAGCUGAAAAAUUCUUGAAAGAUUCUGAGUCCCACAAAGCCGUGCUUUUAGCCACUGAUGCUAUUGCAAUGGGCUUUGAUUUUCCAAUAAGACGAGUCAUUUUCACAGAGACGGAAAAGUAUGACACCCACGAAUUGUCCAAGCGUCCUGUGAAGAUUGAGUUAAUGAAACAGAUUGCUGGAAGAGCUGGUCGAGGCAGUGGAAAUGGGUAUUGUACAGCUACAAAUACUGAUAGCCUAGAAUACUUAAAGAAAUGUCUUGAAGCUCCCACUGAAUCCAUUAACGAGCCUGUUUUAGACUUGGAUCCAAGAACAGUGCCCAUGCUCAGCCAUCGUUGGAGAAAGCUUGGGGAAUUUAAAGAUUGGACUUUUGUUCAUUAUAUUGAGAGGAUUUGGGAAAAUGGACAUACGAAAGCCGGGUUCGAUGACUGUGACCCAGUUGUCUUUCGGUUCAGGAAAUUUCAAACCGAAUUUUUGAAUCUGGCCAAUCGGAUCGCACUCAAAGAAUUGAUGCCACGCAUAACCUUGUCUGACUUCUUCAAGCUCUGCAACUGCCCUUGUGAAGAGCCACUUAUUGUUGUUUCUUGGAUGACCGACAUGUUUUGCAGAUUUACAGAAUGUUCGUUCAACUAUCUCAACGGUGCCUUCGACUAUAAUGUGAAUGAGUAUACGUUUGAAGGCGUAUAUAGCUUGAUUAGAGCUUACAAGUAUCUCUAUAACCAGUUUCCCCAACAAAGAUCUCUCAUGAUUCAUUAUGAUCGCCUCCCAGAACUAGAGUUGCAGAUCAAGACAAUUAUACAGCUGAGAGAUAAGAGAGAGGAAGAAACGUGGUUACGCUAUCCCAAUAAAACAACGGCUGCAGCGCAGCAAAGUCCCCGUCAAAGAUUGGAAGAACAGUCUUGA